GUCCAAGUUCACACCGGUGAAAAAUGAGCUUUGUGGUUAAGUUUUUUAUUUACAAAUAUUAUAAAUUACAAAAUCUCGAAAUUCAAAAUGAUAAUUGAGAACUCAGUUCUCCUACUAAAAACGCAGGCUACUGAAGGUGCAUCUGAUAAAUAUGUAGACCUGCUGAUUAGGAACAACUUUGAAGUUCGGCAAGUAAAGACUUUGGUGUUCCAGUUCAAAAACAUUGAUGCUUUGAAACACAAACUGAAAAACGAUGGGGACUAUUCAGGAUUGAUUUUCUCCAGCCCCCGCUGUGUCCAUGCAGUAUAUUUAGCUACAAACGAUACCAAAAGCUUGAUUGACUCAUGGCAGUCAAAACACAACUUUGCUGUGGGGGAAGCAACUUAUAAAGAUGCCCUGGACAAACUGUCUUUGGAAUGUAAAGGAAAGGAAUCUGGGAAUGCUGUGAAUUUGUCAAAAGUAAUCAUGGAAGAAAAAUUCAUCCAUCAAAAACCUCUUCUUUUUCCUCAUGGCAACUUGAAGACUGAUACUUUGAGCAGAGAACUUGAAAAGGAAGGUUUGAAAAUUGAGGGAGUUUUAGUUUAUGAUACAAUCACAAAUCCUGAUAUCUGUGAGGAGAUCAAACAAGUGACAGAUAAUUUUAGGGCAGUGCCAGAGUAUGUGGUGUUUUUCAGUCCUUCAGGUCUCCACAGUUCUUUAGAGCAUCUUCAAAAUAUUCCAGAUUUUUGUUAUGCCAAGCUUAUUGCCAUUGGACCAGUUACUGAAUUAGCUAUGAAAGAAAAAAACUUGGAUGUAUUUGGUGUUACUAGAAAACCGACUCCAGAAGAUGUAUUGGAUGUCAUAGCAGGAAGGUAGCAAAUUUUAUCAUUUUUUAACAGAUUUGUGAAUGUAUUUUCCAUGUAGCUGAAAUAUUGUGAUAAAUAAUUUUACAUGUUUUUUUGAGUAUUACAACAACCUUAUCUAUAGAAAGAUCUGGUGAGAUAAUGGCAACACCGCAUUGCCAUGAUCUGAAAGUCCAACUCUUGUACCAAUUUUCAAUUUUUCUUCAUAUUCCCUAACUGACUGAUUUUAAUGAGGAUAUUUUGGUAGACAAAGUGUCUUCUUCAUUGAGAUUAUUUAUUAAUGAUAUAGCAGGUUAGG